AUGGAUGACUUGGAUCCCGAACGACAACUGGCGGCAGAGCAGCAGAUUAAGUACCAAGGUACCGCUAUAGUUGAACUAGAACAUAUUUCUUUUGAUCCGUUGAUAGACCAAGAGGUCGACCAAAGAAACGUCGAACGACUGAGUAAAAUAUUCCUCCAGAAUGGCUGCCAACGAUUGAACGUUCGGAAUCACGUCACUGCAACGAUCCCCAGGCGGUUUCUAGACCGCGUGCGCCAUGCUGCAGGCCUGACCCUUGACCAGCUGAGAAGUCUUCGACAAAGCCCCCCCCGUCUUGACUUCUCAGGCACGGAAGUAAAAUGUCUCCACGGUAAACAUCGACUCAAAGCUGCUGCGGAAGUAUUACCCCACUCAGAUCGGUGGUGGACUGUCGAUCUCUAUCUAGAUGAUAUCAGUUCGGAUCUGAGAAACGUCCUUGCCGAGGAGUAUGGGAAUGAAAAGCCUCCUUCCGACGGGGAAAUCUAUCGGAAAUUCCGCCAUUACCAACGAGAUAACAACGUGCUCUCGCAAGAGCGCUGGUUGUUGCGUUUGUCGGACAACAAAGUUCGGCGGAUCAGACAACUUGAUUCUCAUGACAACAGGCGUAUACGUGCAGCCUUGGACAAGUUACUUCCCAUCCCAGGGCUCUGGGAUGGGUUAAGCAUUGGAAGUCUUAACAAUGUUUUAGCUCUGAAAUGCAAUGAAGAGAUUAUUCAAUACUUCACACAUAUAAAGAACUUCUGGGCAGCGCUUGCUAGCCAUGAUAGUGAUAAGAUGGCACGUAUUGACACCUAUACGGUCGAAAAGCUGCAGCUUCACGCUCCUCGAGCCUCUAAUAAUGACAGACAUUACGUGGCUGGCAAAAUUCUCAGUGGCGAAGUUUUCUCCUCCUUUAGUCAGUCAGAGCGUACUGUUAUACUGAGAGAACUGAUGUCUGCCGAAGCUUGCGACGGUAUUAUACCGUCCCUGGCAACAUUUUUCCACGAUAUCAGCUACUUGAAACUCUGCGCCGACGGCGUGAAACGGUUGGUCAAAUUGGAUGGUAAAUAUCCAACUGUUCGAAGCGCGCUGGUCCACUAUUUUCAGAAGCGGGUCCCGGGUGAUAAUACCUGCCUCAUUCAGACUUCAGAGUCCUCUUUUCGACGACAGCCAGGUUCCGAAGAGGAGCGUUUAGCGAUAGGCUAUCGCCAGAUCUGGAUGUACGCAAUGCGGCAUUAUCCGGCCAUGGCCAAGGAUAUCAAAGACGAAGCAAGGUCCAAGACGGCCCAAGCAAAAGGAGAAGCAAGGCCUGACGAGCACGUGGUAUAUAACAUGGCCAUUCUUGCACGAAAGCUGGGCUUCUGUACUCCGCAAAUCAAGGUCAUCUUGAAGCAAUCGCCCGAUUUGCAGAUCGCGUUAGACGCCCUGUUUAGAGCUCGGAAGCCCACGGAUUAUACCUAUGGCGAUGAAACUAUCAAGAGGCUUAGUAGGCAAAUUGUGCGUUGUUUUGCGCAUGCUACUCCAAAAGAAACGCAUCCUGUGAAUUCCACUACUGGCCAAGCGGACAAAUUGCAUGAGCGCCGUGGAGCACCCCCGAAGGCUGUCCAACCGCUGGAUUGCCCGCAUCUUUUUCUGGACCGACUACAUUCGCCAGUUGUGAGGCGCACCGUCCUGUCGUCCCUUGAGGUGAGACGGUCUAUAUACUAUGCUUUCUUCGGCAAGCCCUCUUCCCGUGGUGCCAUUCCAGAUCCUGGGUCGUACUCGCCUUUGUUUUUCUCCAACGGUGAACCAGAUAUAGCAACCGAUGUGUCCUCCCACAAUGUGUCUAGAAGCAGUUCUGUCACAGAAUCACUCUAUGAUGACCAGUCGCGAUCAGAUGCCCGGGAAGAGCCACGCCAAAGACGGCAUGGUAGAAGCAAUCGAGAGCGAGAACAAGGGCUUGACCGGCAACAACAGGUGUCCCGUCUAUCUUCCUCCGAAGAGCCUCUUUUGCAGAGAUCAACGACGAGUGAAUCUGCCAUCCCCCAAAGCAUAUACAGAGACACCUUGGAUACAUCUGACCCGGGAGUCCAGGUGAGCUCGCAGAGGAACAGUCGAUGGCAGGCGGCUGGGGAAGAAAAUCGCACUGCCAGAGAGGAACGGGGGCUUCUGGAUGUAUAUGAUGAUGACCUUUCAAACUGCACAGAAGAAACCAGCGCACAAAACCUUCUUGAUGCUGAGCACGAGCUCAUGGCCGCACUAGUAUCGGCGCAGCCUCCUCAGGAGGAGGAAGAGGAGGAAGAGGAGGAAGAGGAGGAAGAGGAGGAAGAGGAGGAAGUGGAGGAAGUAGAGGAAGAGGAAGUUAAUCAUGCUAUGGAACGAGAGCCUACAGGCAUGGACGACGACGAUAUAUGGAGCGACAUGGAGUAUGAAUAUACCAACGCACAGAGUCUUGAUGAUCCUGACCACACGACCAUGGCCGCGCUAGUGCAGGCUCCAGUCGGACAUGAGGAUAACCAUGCUAUGAUGCCAGCUACACUGCCAAGCCAAUCAAACUUGAUCAGAAGUCGACCCAAAACAAAAAUAGCGAGCCGGCGACCAUACCAGUCAAAUCAGAGUGGCAUUCGACGUGCAAUCAGAAAACGACGGACAGCUCAAAUUCAGCCAGCCAUAUGGAUUAAUCCUGCAAGCCCAGAGCUCAAUGCAGCAGGACGACCCCAAUCAAAUGCCUCACAGGCACGCAGGAAGCAUAUACGGCACUGGAGAAGAGAGAUUUUUAGAGAAUUCAACUUACUUCGUAUGUCGACCAUUGCUAUUCCGGGUGACAUUGGCGACGAUGCUACAGGGCGGGUACCAAAUGAGACGGAACAUCAGCCAGCCACGGAAACGUCGGAGCAAGUCUCCCUCACGGGGGAAACUCCGGAUAAGGCCAUUCCAAAGGAAGUGCAACACGGAGAUUUCCUUCGGGAACCGCAAGAGAUACUAGUUGGGGACGGCCCAUGGCAGGCUACACAGCCAAGUCAUGAAACAGAUGAAAGUAUCCCACCACAGCCGAUACCGGCCGGACCGCCAGAUAUCCCUUCAGAGGACCGAUUAGUCGACGGUAGAGAGAGUCUCGGAGGAUAUAAUGAGGAAGACGACAAGGUUAAUUCCCAUGAGCGAGCAGAUGGACAGUUGAAGGCUGAACGGCCAAGCUAUGAAAGGUCUGAAGAAAAUGAUUCAACGCAGCCGACAUCGGCCGACCCGCCAGCUAUUCCAUUUGUCCACGACGGCGAGACAUUUGAGGGACAGAAUGAGGAUGUCCAUGAAAGGCGAGUUUCCCAAGAGCGAGCAGAUGCUCUCUCUCAGUUACAAACGCCUAGCGCCUCGCUCGAUCAUGUUAGCGCUCGACCUGUAACGGAAAUUCCGCCCGAUUUUCCCACACUAAUGAGAAAGUUUCGUGAAGAUGCAAGUGAAGUGGAUGAUGAAAGCGUAGCCGGUGCGAAUACUGCUGUACAAGACCAUCCCUGGCAGGAACCCGGACGAAGUCCGUCGAUGACUGGCACAGAUAGCGAAGCCACAAUAACUCCUUCUCAACACUCUACGCGGGACAGUGGCCGUUAUACAGAUGAUGUACCAAGUCCGGGUCGAGGCCAGCAAGAAGCUGUUUAUAGGCAGCAAGCUGAGGAUUGGUUGUUCGAUACCUCACAUUUAGCGGGAGAGCCAGAAGAUGAAGAAAUGGGAGACGCCCCGGGCGAACCGAAUCCUAUGCCUGAUACCACGCCCAACCAAGGCCUUAAAAGAAAGCGAAUGCCGGAGAAUGACCCGACCACGGCGUCAGAGGUAAAUAGGUUUGGCUCUCACGCUCGAGCAAUUGACGUGCGGCUGUCUAAGCAAGCCAAGCUACUUCCUUCCAGCCAGGGCGAUCUAUCAAAUACGGCCAGUACUGAGAGGGCUGAAAAUAUUUCCAACAAGAAGCUGGAAUUACCCGCUGCAAGUCCCCACCAAGCCCCGAUUGCUCCCUCCAAGAACAGAAGAACCAGACAGAGUGUCAUGAUUAUGUUCUAUACAUGGGACCACAAGCAGGGGAAUUGGAUAGUGACCGACAAGGUAUGGGUGAGUCCUGGGAAUCCCAUUGAAGCCCAGAAUAUCGCCGAGAAGUAUAAAAGCGCGAGAUUAUAUCAUUUGUGUAAUCGCAUGUUACGCAAGACUGUUGUAGAGAAUUGUGUUCGUGAUGUUAUCUCGGAUGGUACAUGCACCAUUUUUAUCAGAUUCGGGAGGGACACGAGGACGACCGACAGAAUGACCGAGGCUGCGGUGGCUGCUACUAGGGGAGGCCUCUCGGAGGAAUAG